AUGAAGGGGAGCCGCUCUCAGAAGCACGGUCGGCAGCGCCGCCAGUCGACGCAGCGACCCAAGGUCCUUAAGCGCAAACGAGAUGAAGAAGAUCUCCAAAGUCUCAGUCGCCGAGUAGACGAACUCGAGGCACAUCCUGCCACACCACCUACUCUGUUCUCCGAGCUGCCUCUGUCCGCAGCGACGCAGGAUGGUCUGUCAAAGGCACAUUUCAAGGCUUUGACCACAAUCCAGGCACGUGCGAUUCCUGCAGCGCUCAAGGGAGGUGAUAUACUAGGCGCGGCCAAGACAGGAUCGGGCAAGACUCUGGCCUUCCUCAUCCCAGUCCUCGAAAACCUGUACCGCAAACGAUGGACCGAGUUCGACGGCCUAGGCGCACUGAUACUGUCGCCAACGCGCGAACUAGCUAUCCAGAUCUUCGAUGUCCUCCGCAAGGUGGGCUGCAACCACUCAUUUUCCGCCGGGCUGGUCAUCGGAGGAAAAUCACUACAAGAAGAACAAGAGCGGCUCGGACGGAUGAACAUCCUCGUUGCCACGCCCGGCCGUAUGCAGCAGCACCUCGACCAAACGGCAGAGCUGGACGUGGGCAACCUCCAGAUGCUCGUCCUCGACGAAGCAGACCGCAUCAUGGACAUGGGCUUCUCGCACACCCUCGACGCCAUCAUCGAGCACCUCCCCCAACAAGACCGCCAAACCCUCCUCUUCAGCGCCACCCAAACCAAGCGCGUCUCCGACCUCGCCCGUCUCAGCCUCACCGAGCCUCUCUUCGUCUCCGUCCACGAUACCGCCGACUCCGCCACACCGUCCCAACUCCAACAGAACUACAUCGUGACACCUUUGGCCAACAAACUCGACACGCUCUGGUCCUUUCUCCGCGCCAACGUCAAGAAGAAAAUCCUCGUCUUCCUCUCCUCGGGCAAACAAGUCCGCUUCGUCUAUGAAGCCUUUCGGCAUCUCCAACCGGGGCUAACUAUCCUCCACCUGCACGGCCGCCAGAAACAGACUGCGCGCGUGGACAUCACGAAGCGCUUUAGCAAUAGUCGGUACGCCUGCUUGUUCUCCACGGACGUCGCCGCUCGGGGCCUGGAUUUCCCGUCCGUCGACUGGGUCGUCCAGGUUGAUUGCCCAGAGGACACAGACACCUACAUCCACCGCGUCGGGCGCACGGCGCGAUUCGAGCAUGAGGGCCGGGCAGUCAUGUUCCUUGAUCCGAGCGAAGAAGAGGGCAUGAUCGGCGCCCUGGAGAAGAAGAAAGUCGUGCUGGAGAAAAUCAAUGUCCGUCCGAGCAAGAUGCAGAACACGAUAAAGCACCAGUUGCAGAAUAUGUGCUUCAAGGAUCCCGAGCUGAAAUACCUCGGUCAGAAGGCGUUUGUGAGCUACGUACGAAGCGUGAUUGUACAGAAAGACAAGGAGGUGUUUGAUGUGAAAAAGUUGGACCUGGAGGCAUACGCUGCAAGCCUAGGCCUGCCCGGAGCGCCGCGCGUCAAGUUCAUCAAGGGCGAGGAUGCGAACAAGCGGAAGAACAUGCCGAGACAGCUGUUGAAGUUGCAGGAGGAGAUCGAUGGUGGGGACUCUGAUGAGGAUGAGGGUUUGAAUGAUGGCACGGCGAAGAAGGAGGUUCGCACAAAGUAUGAUCGAAUGUUCGAGCGUCAGAACCAGGACGUGUUGGCGAAUCAUUACACGAAACUCAUUCAGGACGAUGAAGACAAUAACGGCAUUCAUGGGAACCCUUCAAUGCGCUCAAACACCGAGAUCGAGUCCGAAGACGACGCCUUCCUCUCAGUCAAGCGCCGCUUCGCCGCUGGCGACAGUGCCCUCAACCAAAACGACGAGGACGACGAAGAGGAAGACGGCGAUGAAGCCAGACCAAAGACCAUCACUCUCGGCCCGCACCCAACAGACUCCCUCACAAUCGACUCGAACCGCCGCUCCAAACUCCUCAAGUCGAAGAAGGCGCUCUUGAAGUACAAAGGCGCUGGCGAGCACCUUCACUUCUCGUCAGAUGAGGACACGCCGUACAAGAAGGAGUACUAUGAGGACGAAGCGAAGUAUGCGGCGCAAGGCAAGGAAGAGGCGGAAGCCGAGAGGAGAAGGUUUGUGGAGGCGGAGCGUGAGAGAGUCAGGCUGCUGGAUGUGAGGGAUAAGGAGGUUGCGAAGGCGAAGAAGCGGGAAAAGAGGGAGAAGCGGAAGGGGCGGGAGAGAGGUCAGCAGGGUGAGGAUGAUGGUGAUGAUGAACGCGGUGACCGGGGAGAUGAUGACGAUGGCGUGCAGCUCGUAAACGACGGGGAGGUAGAGAUUGUGCCGGAUUGGAGUGAUGGCGAUUUUGAAGACUAUGCCGUUGGAAAUUCCGGUGGACCAGCAGUCGACAAGGAGGAAGGCGGCAAACCAAAGGAGAAGAAACGCAAGAAGAAGUGGUUCGAAGAUCCUUCCAGCGGUGACGAUGAUGACGACAAUGAUACCCAAAAGAAGAACAAGAGCAAGAAGCGAAAACAUGCAGCAACGGCUAUGCAGGAGCCGCAAACACUCGAGGAUCUAGAGGCUAUGGCUUCGGGCCUGCUGGCUCGAUAA